AUGCCAGGUCAACGUCUCCUUAACAGAAUCGCUAUCGUCACGGGCGCGUCCCAGGGUAUUGGCCGUGAAGUUUGCAACCAGUUCUUUGAGGAAGGCGCACUGCUCGUCUGCGCUGAUAUACGGCCCCUUGGUCAAGGUGAAACUUUAUCAACCCACGAAUGGAUGGCGCAGAAAGGUGGGAAAGCCAUCUUCUUCAGAAUGGACGUUGGCAGUGCAGAUGAUUGGAAGGCAUUGAUAGCAAAGACGGUGGAGGAGUAUGGCAGACUUGACAUUAUAGUCAACAAUGCCGCUAUCUGCUUAGAAGCCAGUAAUCCUCAGCCUAUUGAUGAGGUUGACGAAGAUGCAUUCGACGCUCAUAUGCGUGUCAAUGCACGAGGCGUCUUUCUGGGCUCAAAGUAUGCCGUAAAGCAGUUCAAGACGCAGGAGCCUCAGCCUUGCGGAGUUCGAGGUUGGAUCGUUAAUUUUGCAUCUAUGGUUUCACACAUGGGAAUGCAAGGUCUAACUGGUUAUACCGCCUCCAAGGGCGCAGUAGCCGCCAUGACCAAAACUAUUGCUUUAGACGUAGCCAAGCAAGGAAUUGUUGCCAAUUGUAUCUGCCCUGGCUUUUCACAAACUGCCAUGCUAGAAAACGCUCUUGGAAGUGUAGGGGCACUCAGUGUUGCAGCAGAGGCCGUCAAGUCCUCUAUACCACGAGGAUUGUUUGGUGAGACCAUCGACCAUGGUCGUGCCGCUGUCUAUCUGGCUAGCGAUGACGCGAAAUGGGUGACCGGUAUCUCCUUGAAUGUUGAUGGCGGAAUAUCGGCCCAAUAG